UGACAAACAACAAAAGCACAGAUUUACACUCUCCGACACGAUUGUGGCUGUGCUGGGCUAGGGAAAUACAGAUUAAAUUCAACUUUAAUAGAGGAAAGUUCAGAAUGAAUGAGACCAGGCUUUAAAUUCAUUGAAUGGUGUGAUUUUAAAACACAAGAAGUACAAUGUUAUCUAUUCCUGAUAGACAUCUGAUUUCAUCCUGGAUAUUUGAGCAAGAAAAACCCUUACGACUGAGAGCUUUGUUGAAAAAGGAGCGAAAUGAAGGAUUCUUGCGUCAAGCUCAGGCAAAGGGAUACAUUGUGUCACCAAAUCGUAAAUAUCUGGAACACAGGUAUUGCAAGACGAAAGCAGAUAACCUAGCUGAUGUGCAACUUGUCCAACUCAGAAGCGUACACCUGCGUGAUGUUGGCCAGAUUUAUCUCUGUGCAAACCUUACAAUAUGUAGUCUGGCUAAUAAUUACAUCACAAAGAUUGAUAGUCUGGCUUAUUGCCAGGCUCUUAUCAAGCUUGAUGUCAGUAGUAACCAGAUUACAACCCUACCAAGUCCUGACUUCUGGCAUUCCCUAUUCUCCCUAAAGAUCUUAUACCUACAUAACAAUAGCAUCAGUCAGCUAGACUGCGUACAUAAUAUUGGAGCAGCUCAGUCUUUACAGGUGCUUACAUUAUUUGAUACGCCAAUCAGUCUGAAAAAAAGCUACCGACAUCAUGUUGUUAACAGGGCUGCUGUGUGUAUUCAACGGUGUUGGAGAAAUUUCAAGGGCUUAAAAUGGAUUCCACCUCCUGUAAGGGUCACCUCACCAAAGAAACUGAAAGCCAGGCCUACAAGUAAGUCUUCAAACAGGGAGAUUGAGGUGAAAGUGCCAGUCACUCCAGCACCUAUGAACGAGGCAACUACACCACAGGAGAUCGAUUAUGAUACGUACCUAAUGAAUAGACGACCUGGUUCAAUUAGCACUAAUGUGACUUUGUUUGAUGGGGAUAAGUCAGUAGAUCAAGGGGAAAACACAGGAGGAGCUCUACCAGGGAUAUCAGAUAAUAAACAAGAAGCAAUGGAAUAUUCAACCCUCAAAAAAAGGAAAAAUAUACUGAUUGAUCUGACUAGACUCCAGGAAAACUCACAGAUUGCUCUUGAUAAUCCAGUAGAUGGCAUUGUCAUGGAAACAUCCAACAUAGCAGACGAAACCCAACUUGAAAUUUUAUCCAAAUUGACGCUUCCAACAGAUGAAGUUAUUACGGCUCAGAAGGUGGUACGCAAGGAAAAGAAGAGAAAGGAGUUUAAGACAGUGAAGCAGAUGCUGGGCCCGUUGUCAGAUAUGGAUCUACAUCGUGAGCAUCCGUUGUCACCAGUUAUGUGCGAGAACAAAGAAGAGGAAGAACCGCUAGUAAAAUUCCGUCUAUCAGGCAUGAAAUCAACAAUGGUUGAUGCAGAUAGAUAUCAGGAGCUUCUGGUGUCUAGAAAACAAGCUGGGAAAGAUGUACGUGAAGCUAACAAGAUAUUUUUAGAAAACAAAUGCACAAUACCAAAGAAAAAACUUAAAAGAAAAACAAUGACAGCUGAUCAAAGGUUGUUUGCACGUGUGCAAGGAACUAUGGGAAUGUCGUGCUUACGUGCCAUCCAACAAGCGUACAAGGAUAGAAUCCGUGCGGAAAAAGCAAACAUACGAUUGGAAUGUAUUGCAAACCUGAAGGAACAGCGCGAAGAAGGCAAACAGCGUGCAAAAUCAAUUCUUGAAGAAAAACGUCAGCAAGCACUUCAGAAGAAUGAUAAAGACCAAGCUGAAAUGUCCAAACAUAAAGAACAGCAAGAAAUACACAAAAAAAAAGCAAUAAAAAAACAGAAAGCUUUACGAUCACGUUCGCAAGAUUUUACAAAAUGCUUAAAAACUGAGAGAACAUUUUCAGUUGAGUUUAAUGGACAGCAUACAUCUAUUUCAAAUGCUCUGUUACGGCAUGAUCAAAUGGCCAAGAAGGAUGAAGAUCUACGAGCUGUGCAAGAUUUCACUGAAUCUGAGAGAGAACAUCAUCGACACCAAUCAGAAUUGGUCCAGCGAUAUCUUGAGCAUCGGAAACUGAUGCGACAAGCACAGGCUGUAGUUGAAAAGGCUAGCCUGGAUACAAAGAUGCUAACGGCAGCCAAUGACAGACUUGCUGAAGCACGGAAUAAAGUAAUCUCUCAGAAGCAGAGAAGAAAAACUGUACAGGCUUUUUAUCCAUUACCAAAAACAGCAACAGACCCCGUCUUGCCUCCAGUCAGACAAGAGGGAAAGCCUGACCGAUGGAACACAGUUAUUGAUAUGUUUGACGGCCAUGUUGGUACACACCCUACUACUAUACAGACCUGAAAUUGAUCUACAAAAUAUAUUUUGAUACUCUUCUUCAUAAUUCAUGGAAUAAAAUUUGUAAGUGAAGUAUAGUCUGCUUUAUGAAAUAUUAUUUUUACAAAUACUGCAUGGAAUUGGGUGAGUGUGUGAUUUUAGUUUCAUAAUGUACUUUGAGACUAAGAGUAGGCCUACUAUUGCCACCGAUCAUGGACUGAUGCCAAAAAGCUUUGACAUUCGCUGUGGUUGUUGCAUUUACAUUUUAGCUUUUGUUUAUAUCAAUACAGAUCAAGCUGUUGUUUCCCAUGUCAUUGUUGUUUUUCAGAUAUGUAAUUAUAUACAGUAUAAAUGUUUGCAAGGAUAUAGGAUAAAUAUACAGUACUGUACAAUUAAACUUGCCCAAGUCAACUUUGACUCAAAUAAUUUCCAAGUCAGUCUUAAUUUACAUGCCAAAUUGUUGUGUUUUUCAUUAAUUAACGAUCUGUACAUCAAAUUUUAUUUAAGUCAAACAAUUUUUAAUGCCAUUUUGGAAAUGACUUAAGCAAGUGCAACUGUAUACAGUAUAACAUACUUUUAUUAUUAUUAUUAUCAAUCAUACAAGUAUUUACUGUGAUAAUGAUUUAUAUCACUAUUACAAUUAUUUGUUACAAAACCACAAUUGACAACACCUUCUUAUGUUGCACAUGUAGCAUAAAAUUCUAUGAUAAUGUUUUAUAUCACUAUUACAAUUAUUUGUCACAAAAACCACAAUUGACAACACCUUCUUAUGUUGCACCAGUAGCGGGGCCCACCCCCUCCCCCACCCCUGGUGGGUCUAAUGUGGAUAGACCCUCCAUCUGUCGAAGUCCCUUCCUGGGCCCCCCUCUAUUUCAAAUCCCUGGAUCCACCACUGAAUACAUUAAUCACAGACUUCCUGCCUGCCCAAUACACAAAUCUUGUUUCAGCAUUAUCAUUUUUAUUAUAAUUCAAUUAAUAAUACAAUUAUUCAAGUCAAAAGUAUUCAUUUCUAGAUAUAUUACAAAUUGGUGAUGUAUUCAAAAAUUAAAUUACAAACUUUGAAGCAAUAAUGAAUUACCAGGUCGUAUUUUUAUUAUGGUAUAUAUUUUGUAAGGUGAAUGGAAUUGCACAAAUAAAACACUGCAUGUUGCUGCUUUAUCUAAACAUAUGGUAAUAAGAUUCAAGAAGUACUUCUUAUUUUUUAUGUUUCAGCAUUAGUAUUAUGUUUAGUCAUUAUGAUUAGAAUACAUAAAUUGAAUUGUUGUAUUUAGGUUCAAUUUAAUCAAGAACGAUGAUAAUUAUUAUUAUUUUGAUGUUUCAGCAUUAGUAUUGUCAUUAUAAUGUGAAUAGAAUGCAUAAAUUGAAUUAUUGUAUUUAGGUCAAAUUUAAUCAAGAAUGAUGAUAAUUAUUAUUAUUUUAAUGUGUUAGCAUUAAUAUUGUCAUAUGAUAAUGUAAAGAGAAUACAUAAAUUUGAAUUAUUGUAUUUAGGUCAAAUUUAAUCAAGAAUGAUAAAAAAAUCAAUUUCUCGUUGCUGGUGUAUGCAGAGUUUUGAAGUUAAUAAUGAGUUGUUCAAAUUGAUGGGUCUAGUUUAUAACUGCAUCGCAGGUCUUGAGGUAUUGUAUCUUUUGAUUGAAAUAUUAAGGUUUUACUACAAACAGUAAUAACAUUUGUAAAUAAUACUGCAGUCUGAUAUUCCUACAUGAAAAUGGUGCUAUUGAGAACAAUAAUAAAGCUUCAAGAUUUAAA